AAGUCUUGGCGGAAGUGACUCAAUAGCGCUUCGUGCUGCAGAAUAAUGCACUUUUAACCGCUCAGAGUUUCACAAAAAUGUCUUAAAAUCUAAAAUUUUCCUAAAUGCAUUUUAAUCUCCCACACUGGUCGGUUAAUUACCUUAAUAAGCUUUUAUCACCGCAGUAAGACGGAUAUUUUUCACUCUGAUCCUGUUUUCAGCUGGAUUUCUGCUCAUUUGGACUGAAGGUGGACUGAAAAACACAAAGCGACAUAAUUUGACGUAUAUUGAAUUUGAGUCAGAUUGGGUUGUGAACGCAUGAAAUCAAAUGUAAAAUAUUGAACUGUUUUAAGUGUUGGAGUGACAGAAGUCGCUUGAGUGCAGUGCGCGAGAUUAAACACGUUUGAAGAGAUGGACAAAAAUGAAUCAUAAAAAGAGUCUAUUUAUUGAAGAAGUAAGUCAGUCGUACAGUUUGGAACAACAUGAGGUUGGGUCUGCCCACCGUGCACGGAAGACUUCUGCCAGUCGCGUCAAAUUACAGCCCUGAAUAACGCACUUCUAUGGACAAAAUGCAUCUAAAACUAGUGGAGGAAACAGAAUGAGCAGCUGCGGGAAAGCCCUGGAUAAAAGUGAGGACAGGCGAGAUGGAGGCUUUAAGCAGUCCUGGAGGUGUUCUCUCUCAGAUGAUAGUGAAGACGACAGCAGACAUGAUGCCACCCUUGUGACCAUGGAGCGAGUGAGUGGCCAGCAGGAGCUUUCACCUGAGGGAAUCAAGACUCCAUCCAUGAAGCGCUUCAGUGCUAAUGGGUCUGUGGAGACUCAUGAACGGCGUCCAAAUCAAUUAAGACCACUCAACAGAACUGGCAAGCUUAGUGAAGCAGCUCAUUCAGUGAGUGUGUCUGCGCCCCUCAAUCGAACCAGCUAUCUGAUAAUGAGCCCAGCUCCGUCCCAAGGAGUUGUGGUUCAGGGGCGGCUCUUCCAGCACACACAGUUCUCUGCUCCAAGCAGAAAGCUGGAGCAAAGACCUGAUCUGAUCCAAAGAGUUGAGCUGGAGAACAUUCUUCUCACCUGUCCCAAGAUUUCAGAUUCAGAAGACAUCACUGUUAAGAGACGUGUCCAUCAGAAACGGCGGAUGAUGAACAAUAAUCCUGAUCCUGUGGGCAAACCAGUUGAGCAGCCCCUUCAGCCUGAAGAUUACCUCACAGUUUGUGGUAAAUGUGGCCAGCCAAGUGAGGACCAUGUAAAAUGUGACAGCUGUGGAUAUAUGCUACCUGCUGAGACUCUGCCCCUUUCUGCUGUUACAUCAACACUUUCUCCUUGCCCUUCCGUUCGCUCGCAGCUGCCCAACCUUCAGAUAAACAGCUUUUAUGAGUCCACCUCUGGGGGGUGCUCUCAACAGCUAGACGUUAUAAUAAACCCAUCGGUGCGGAUCACCCAUGGAAAUAUGCUCCUCCCGCACAAUGGUAGACCCGUCGCCACUUCUGGAAGCUCAGCUUGUAAUGGACACAAGCAAGCUGGAGGCAAGAAACAGCAGGUCACCAAACCAUGUGAAUUAAACGACCCUAUUGUACUGUCCAGUGAUGACGAUGAAGAAAGUGAUAAUGUCAGCAGCACAGGGACCAUUAAUCGUUUAGACAGCGUGUCGCCACGGCCUGCAGACUCUGCCCACUCAUCUCCAGCACCCUCCGGUGGUCGGGUGGAAGCAGCGGUGAAAGCAGCUGGUGAAUAUGAGGACCCUAGUGCUGACUUUUUCACACAGGCAAACCACAAAAACCUGCUACCCAGGAGGAAUCGCAUGAGAGAUCCAUUUGGGAACACUGUGUUUGAAGAUCCAUCUCCGUCUAAGAAGAUGAAAAUAGGGAAGUUGGACAGUAUUAUUCUGGAGUGCAGGAGUGUAAGGAUUGGCACACUGCGCAGGAUGGUCACCAAACCGGUUGUGUUUACAGUGGAUUACAUUCAGCUGGAUACAGAAGGUCCUGAGGUGGACGUGUUGGAAACAGUUUAUUUGAAGUCGUCGGAGCUGACCAGAUGUGAGUGGUGUAAUGUCAGGAAGCUGCCAGUUCUGUUUCUGCAGACCACCGAUGAGGAGUGCCAGCGUUUACAGGCUCAGCUGCAGAUGUCUCAUGACAACGGAGGAAUAUGGUACGACUGCAACGGCAACAAUGAUGAGAAGUAUAUUGUGUUGAUUUUCGAGAGCGGCCCCACAAUGCAGGAACAAGUAUUUCUGGAGGAUAUCUUUGCUGAAAUCGGCCGAAAUAACAAACUGACAGAUUUCCCUAAGAAGAUCAGUUUUGAUGAGGCCAACGUUAGAUUGGUUGAGUACAAUAAAGCCUCCAAAGAAAAAGAAAAGGUUAAAGAUGAGAAAGCUGCAGAAUCAGCAACACCAUCUUCAUCACCCUCAGCAUCCCUUUCGGUUGUCACGGUUACCGUGGCAACAGCAAAUAUAGCCCAAACAGCCCCCAUCCCUUCUCCAGCGACUAGCUUCCCAACACGCAUGUCUGCUCGGCUCCAAGAGUACUGUGAAGAGGAUGAUGAGAUGGCAGAGCUCCAGCCAACCUUCACUGGUCCAAUCAUCAAGUUGUUGGUUUACCCCCCGCCGCCUGCUAAAGGAGGAAUCUCUGUAACCAAUGAGGACCUGCACUGUUUGAAUGAUGGAGAGUUUCUCAACGACGUCAUCAUUGACUUCUAUUUAAAAUAUCUGUUUUUGGAGAAGUUAAAGAAGGAAGAUGCUCACCGCAGUCAUGUGUUUAGCUCAUUCUUCUAUAAGAGACUCAAUCAAAGAGAGCGGAGAAACGCAGUUGACACGUCCAGCAUACCCAUUCAGAAGAGGAAACACAAUAGAGUGAAGACAUGGACACGUCACGUGGACCUCUUCCAGAAAGACUUCAUCUUUGUGCCCAUCAAUGAGUCUGCACACUGGUAUCUUGCCAUAAUCUGUUUUCCGGGUCUCGAGAAGGCUCAUGUUGAGCCAAACCCACUGUACCAGCCUCAAGCUCCAGUCCAUAGCACUGCUGUCUCCUCCAGCCCACCCACAGAUGGAGGUUCGGAUGAGCUGGUAGACAACAGCCAGCACACAGCCGUCCUGCACAGAUCUGCAGCUGAGGUGAACAGACAGCAGUACACGGAUGGUUUACAUAGAAUAAUCGAAUGUUAUGGAACAGAUGACUCCCAAUACUCUGAUGACCAAAGCUCAUGUCCGGAUGAGUGCAGCGAUGAUGGCACUUUGGUCGAUGAAUGUGGGAGCUUUGACCGAGCAGAGUGGACGUCCAAACCCACCAUCUGCAAACAGCCUUGCAUUCUAAUCAUGGACUCUCUACGUGGACCGACACGGUCGACUGUGGUGAAAACGCUACGAGAGUAUCUAGAGGUGGAGUGGGAGGUGAGGAAGGGCUCUCAGAGGAGUUUCGGGAAAGAGGUGAUGAAGGGCUCGAGUCCUCGUGUGCCCCAGCAGGAUAACUUCAGUGACUGUGGAGUUUACGUGCUACAGUAUGUGGAGAGCUUCUUCGAGAAUCCUCUUCCAAGCUUUGAUCUCCCGAUGAAUUUAUUGGAUUGGUUUCCCCAGCAAAGGAUGAAAACCAAGCGGGAAGAGAUCAAGGAGCUCAUUCUAAAGAUUCAGACUCAUCAGCAGCUCAGUCUGGCGAGUGAGGAACAGACGGACGCCUGCCACAGCCCGUAUGAGGAUAUGUUAGAGUCAGCUGAUCUAAUUCCUCCAAUCAGCUCCUGAGCUCCGCCCACGCUGCUACGCUUCUACCAUCACAUGACUUAUAAACUCUAAAAGCCAAUCAGGGCCUUGUGUGAUUGUUCGCUGCUGGACAACUCUGCCGUUAUUUCUUAUGAUUUCUUAUAGUUUUGAUGAUACAAAAUAUGAAAAAAAGUGUGUUUUUUUUUUUUUUUUUUGUAUUAAAUAAAUUGUGUACAAAAGCUAGGCUUUUUCUUUUACUUUGCUGUUUUUUUAAAUGCCUUUUGAGUUUUGCUCCUCAUUUGUUGCUCCACAUUUCAAUUUUGCGCCAUCUGUGAAAUAAAAGUUCACGUGUUCAUCUUUGAUGAUUUACUCUAAUGUGCCUAGAGGAUUAAAUACAGAACUGUUCAGUAUUCCAUUUGGACUUAAGGCCUCUGAAGCAAAUUAAUGCAUUUUUUGUAAAAAUCAGUAUCCAAGCAAACUUUGUGAUUACAACGAAAUAGAAUUCAUUUUUCAAUGUUCUGCUAUUUGCCGUUCAAGAGUGCACAUUUGCCUUGGUACUAAUACAAGAAUAUGAAGUGUCAAAAA